UCAUGUAGUGGAAUAGAAGAUGAACUCAGCUGAAUUCAGUGAAGAUGUAGAAGAAGUUCUAAAAAAUAACACUGUGAAAGUGGAGGCGGAGGCUGAGGAUGCUGCCCUGGACUGCUCAGUGAAUUCCAGGUCUUCGGAGAAGCACCUUCUAGACAGUGUCUUCACCACCCUCCAGGACUCCAGCAAGCGCAAGCAGCCGGGCAGCGAGGGCCAGCCAGACUCUGUCUCCAGCGUGAAGAGGCGGCGGCUGAUUCCCGAGGCGCUCCUAGCAGGCAUGAGGAACCGGGAGAACAGCUCACCCUGUCAGGGCAACGGGGAGCAGGCCGGCAGGGGCAAGCACUUGGUCUCUGCGUGGCCGGGUGAGGAGGAGCCCUGCCAUGACACGACCACUCUCUCCUACAAGAAGCCUCUGUACGGCAUCUCGCACAAGAUCAUGGAGAAGAAGAACCCCCCCGCGGGCGACAUGCUCAGCACGUAUGAGCUCUUAGAGAAGGGAAACCCCAGCAACAGCCCCUCACCGCUGCGGCUGCUGAACGAGACACAGAAGCGGGACAGUGGCAGUGCGGCCUCGGCCACCACCGACAGCGACCCCAACAUCUACUUCCUGCUCCAGAAGAUGUUCUACAUGCUCAACACGCUCUCCUCCAGCAUGUCCCAGCUGCACAGCAAGGUGGACCUGCUGUCCCUGGAGGUGAGCCGCAUCAAGAAGCAGGUGAGCCCCACGGAGAUGGUGGCCAAGUUCCAGCCGCCCCCCGAGUACCAGCUGACGGCCGCGGAGCUCAAGCAGAUCGUGGACCAGAGCCUGUCGGGCGGGGACCUGGCCUGCCGCCUGCUGGUGCAGCUCUUCCCCGAGCUCUUCAGCGACGUGGACUUCUCUCGCGGCUGCAGCGCCUGCGGCUUCGCAGCCAAGCGGAAGCUGGAGUCGCUGCACCUGCAGCUCAUCCGCAACUACGUGGAGGUCUACUACCCCUCCGUGAAGGACACGGCCGUGUGGCAGGCGGAGUGCCUGCCUCAGCUCAACGACUUCUUCAGCCGCUUCUGGGCCCAGAGGGAAAUGGAGGACAGCCAGCCGGUGGGCCAGGUCGCCGGCUUCUUUGAGGCCGAGCAGGUGGACCCCGGCCACUUCCUGGACAACAAAGACCAGGAGGAGGCGCUGUCCUUGGAUCGGAGCAGCACCAUCGCCUCGGACCACGUGGUGGACACGCAGGACCUCACCGAGUUCCUGGACGAAGCCUCCUCACCCGGAGAGUUCGCGGUCUUCCUGCUGCACCGGCUUUUCCCCGAGCUCUUUGACCACCGGAAGCUGGGUGAGCAGUACAGCUGCUACGGGGAUGGUGGCAAGCAGGAACUGGACCCGCAGAGGCUGCAGAUCAUCCGCAACUACACGGAGAUCUACUUCCCCGACAUGCAGGAGGAGGAGGCCUGGCUGCAGCAGUGCGCCCAGCGCAUCAACGACGAGCUGGAGGGGCUGGGGCUGGACGGGGGCAGCGAGGGCGAGCCCCCGCGGGACGACUGCUACGACUCCUCCAGCCUGCCCGACGACAUCUCCGUGAUCAAGGUGGAGGACAGCUUCGAGGGCGAGCGGCCCGGCCGGCGGUCCAAGAAGAUCUGGCUGGUGCCCAUUGACUUCGACAAGCUGGAGGUCCCGCAGCCCGACUUCGAGGUGCCUGGCGGCGACUGCCUGCUCAGCAAGGAGCAGCUGCGCAGCAUCUACGAGAGCAGCCUGUCCAUCGGCAACUUCGCCUCGCGCCUGCUGGUGCACCUCUUCCCCGAGCUCUUCACCCACGAGAACCUGCGCAAACAGUACAACUGCAGCGGCUCCCUGGGCAAGAAGCAGCUGGACCCGUCCCGCAUCAAGCUCAUUCGCCACUACGUGCAGCUGCUCUAUCCCCGGGCCAAGAACGACCGCGUCUGGACGCUGGAGUUCGUGGGCAAACUGGACGAGCGCUGCCGCCGCCGGGACACGGAGCAGAGGCGCUCCUACCAGCAGCAGCGCAAGGUCCAUGUGCCAGGCCCCGAGUGCAGGGACCUGGCCAGCUAUGCAGUCAACUCCGAGAGGUUCCGAGAGGAAUUUGAGGGGCCCCCGCUGCCCCCCGAAAGAAGUAGCAAAGACUUCUGCAAGAUCCCGCUGGACGAGCUGGUGGUCCCCUCGCCCGACUUCCCCGUGCCUUCGCCAUACCUGCUGUCCGACAAGGAGGUGCGCGAGAUCGUGCAGCAGAGCCUCUCGGUGGGCAACUUCGCCGCGCGGCUCCUCGUCAGGCUCUUCCCCGAACUCUUCACGGCCGAGAACCUCCGGCUGCAGUACAACCACUCGGGGGCCUGCAACAAGAAGCAGCUGGACCCCACGCGGCUCAGACUCAUCCGCCACUACGUGGAGGCGGUGUACCCCGUGGAGAAGAUGGAGGAGGUGUGGCAUUACGAAUGUAUCCCCAGCAUCGACGAGCGAUGCCGCCGCCCCAACAGGAAAAAAUGUGACAUCCUGAAGAAAGCCAAGAAGGUGGAGAAGUGACGGUACGCUGGGGCCUGAGCCUUCCUUCGGAGCACGUGUAUGGUAUCCACAGACACGCACCUUAUGGCAGUGGGAAGUGGCUUACUACUUUUGCACACACACACCCACCCAACCACAAGAACGAAGCCUUACAUUUGGUCUCUUACUUCCGACCUGUGUCCCGAGUUCCCCAGGGGUGCAGCCAGUUAGGGGAUGGCUGAGCUGUGAGAGCCGUGGCCUCAGGAGCAGGCUUCUCUCUCCUGGCUGCCCUCCCCUUCUCAAUUUGAAACGCAAAUUCAGCAACUCUUAUUCCUCUUCCCACAUUUUACAUCUUCCAUUUUUAUCAAUUGUUUUUUUAAUUAAAAGGAAACCCUUUUUUAAGAGAUCAUUUGGGCUCUCUGGGGGCCAAUUUGCUUAGGGGGAAAAAGAAGUCUUUUAAAUGUUCAUGGUGAAAUACUGUUAGAUGACUUCAGUCGCUGGGAUUUCUUUUGAAGGUGGUUUCAGAUUUAUGAAAUUUUUAGCGUAGCCAUGUUUCUGCAUGGUGGCUAAUAAUAGCUUCGGGGGCAUAGAGGCCGAGCUGACUGACCUUGUCUUUGUCUCUGAAUUUGAAGGGUCAGGAUGCCCCUUGGAUGGCAGUGGAGGGAACGGGGUGGCGUGACACCUUUCCUGACCACGUUCACUCCCUCCCUCCGCUGCAGUGCCGAGGAAGGGGCUUCCUCGUGGCCCGGCCUGCUCGCCGUUGCUGGGUGGGAAGGAUGCUGUGCUCACUCUCUGUAGACAAGAACACUGGAUGAUGAUGAUGAGAUGAAUGUAGAUAGACGUGGGAACACGUUCACAGUGUCAUUUGAGCUGUGUCCUUCCACUGCCCCCUUCCCUCUCCAUACGAGGAGGCUGGUUGGAGGGGCCGACACAUGUCCUUGGAGAACAGUGUGUGAAUUAAUUGGCAUCUUGUUUGAUGUAAGGACGGUUCCCUUUGGGCUCACCACGAACUGUUUACUUUCUGUGUGUGUAUUUGUACAAAACCUGGGUUCUGGGAGCCGUAUGGCGACUUCACCACAGCUCCGUGUUAGCUCCUCCGAUCAGUAUGCAUCCUGUUCCUCAGGGCAGGCCCAAACUCUCAGGUCCUCUUGAGGAUGCCUGGUAUUGGAAGGACACAGGUCAUCUCAAAUGGGGCUCCCAUGUCCCUUCCCAGGGUCCACUCAGAGCUCCCCCCUCAGACUCCUUAGAAGACCCUGCUGUCCUACAUCUUGGCCCCUUGCCUAGGAUUGUGACAUUUCUUCUCUUCCCACUGGUUGGGAAGGUCAGACUAUUUCAGGCCAGUGGCAUGUUCUCCAGGAGUUCUGACCAGGAAAUUCCCCAGUAGUUAGAAGUUCUUGAAAACAAUACUUUUAUGGACCUGACUUGGGGGCCAAAUGCCUAAGAGGAAAAGGAAAUGGUCUAGAACUCAAACAGAAUGCAUCAUACCAGAAACCUGGAAACAUGAAUGAAUCACACAGGGUAGUCAUAAAACCCUGUGGCUUAGAUAUUGGCUACCUUAAAAUGCAGGAGCAACAGAAACAAUCUGUGAACUGUCUUUAUACAGCUGACAAGGACUUCGGUUCCGGUGGCUGUAGGAUGGCAUUUUGCCUGCACCCCGCAGGUUUGUUUGUUUUAAUAUAUAUGACAGGAUUUUGAACAAUGUUUACGUGUUGACCUAGCUUUAUUAAAUUUGCUUUUAAAUGUCAUUUACAGAUUAUUUCUGUCGAAACUGCAGUCUUAAAUUAUUGAAAUUUAGAAAUGCACAGGAAUUUAAUGACUCUCCCACCCACACGUGCACGCACACAUUUCUUAUUAAAAAAUGAGUGAUGGGGACCUACAUAAACAACUUCAACUUCUUUGUGCCUGGAAAGAAGAAGGGAGUGGAGCAGCCAGGAGGUUCACCCCACGCCCCCUCACCUGCGCCUUUCUCUAUGCCUUAGUCUCCCAAACACACAAAUGCACGCACGCAAAUGCACACAUGCAUGCAUAUACUCACAUGCACACACACGCCCUACCCUCUACCCAAAGAUGGCAGUGGCACUGGCCCGCCAGCCCUGCUGGUUGGAGAGUGCCGAGGAAUUCAUUCUGGUCUCUAGGAUGUAUCCGAGAGGAUUCCAAGCCAUGUGAAAAUUGUCCUGCUUUCUAGAAGGUGGAAUGUGACCCUGCAACUUCAGAAGCACAAUCAUUUUUUAAAACCCUAUGUACCCACGUUAAAGAAAUCAACAGGUUCUAGGUUCUAAGGAUGAGCUAUGUCUCCGUAACCUAGAUCAUGUUUUUGGAAACUGUAUUUGGGUGGUUUCCUUUUAUACCUUUCCUGUGUAGGGCUUCUUCCCCGCCCCCCCUCCCCAUCUUAGUGUCCCUUUCAGUGAAGAGAGGUGGCCACACUCUGGGAGCUGUUUGCUGUCCCUCUGGACUGUCGGCCGGAAGCGAAUGCAGGCCCUGUGGCCUGUGUGGUGCCCUCAGUUCCCCAGCCAUGCAGGUGGGCUCAGGGGCAGUUUUUACAUGAAGCAAUAUAAGUACAAACUACUUAUUUUUUUUCGAAAUGUAAUGUUUUCCAUAAAAUCUGUUGGCACAUCCCUUCCCCCUAUCUAAAUUUUUUGGUUUCCACUUGUUUUUCGGGGUGUUCUUUUGCCUUGUAUCCGGAGAAGUAAAGAGUUAGCACAGACACAUUCUGAUGUUAAGUGAAAUAGCAAGUCACGGUAGGUGGUAGCGUCCCUCAUGUUCUGUGUUAGGAACUUUUAAAAGAAUGUAUGAAGGUAGUCCUGAAUGUACUAAGUGUUCUAAUCCUGCUUCAGUUCACUUUGGCUGUGUCUACAUGACAGCAACCAUUUGACAGGGAAUAGAGUCGUGUCUUGUGUCGAGGGUGUUAGUGUGCCCCUCCCCAUUCCGUGUCAGCCCUGAACCUUCCUUUCUGUAAGUUGAGGGGGAGGGGCAUCAUGUCAGCUGCAAUCAUCAACCCACCAAUGGGAUCUACUGAGUGAUGAAUGGAUUAGCUGUUUAAAUGGUAAGAGUCACUGGCCUGACCAGACCACAGCAUGGCACCGGGUUCCUGUAGAAAUGGCCUCAGUUUCCUCCUUUCCCCAAAACGUUUGCCUCUUGCCUAAUGGGGGAGGGGGGUUUUCAAGACCCCUGAUUGGAGCCCAUUGCGCUCUCUCCCUGCCUGUGUAGCUAGGUGAUAUGAAGUGGGGCUGGAGGCCAAGGGCUGUUACUGCCAUUUGGAAAUACUUGCCUCGCGUAGAUCCAGCCUUAAUGUUUUUCUGACAUCCUAGUGAUAGCAGACCCUGCACAAAGUGGAUAUCAGAGUUAAUACUGUGAGGAGACAAAAUAAUGAGCAUAGUUUUACCAAAGAUAAUGAACUAUCACAUAAUGUCUGCAUCUUACCAUUGAUUUGAGUGCAUCCUUAGAAAACUGAAUGUAACAAAAACCCAGGACCUUUUUGGAAAUUGUAUGCUUUCUAGCAACUUUGUGUGAAUUUUUAUACAAGCACUGUUUUAUGAGUUAUAUAAAAUGUUUAAAAAUAG